GGUUGGGAAUUUAUUAGACAGACACAAAAAACUGGAGGCUGAGUCAAUGAUUUAUCUUCAAGCCAUUUUCACUACAUUUUGGACAAUCUGGAACCACAGAAACACUGUGGUUCAUGAAGGCAAACAACCUAACCCCAUGGAAGUAAUUCUAAAAGCUCAAAACCUUUCUUGCAGGUACCAGGAAACUCCUACAAAAAAUGCAUACAUCAACAGGAAUGCUAAGGAGACAAUCUCAGGCACUCGGUCACUAGCAGGGCCUUGGCACCUAAUGAUCAAAAUUGCUGGAGUCAGGAGGAAGAGAGCAAGGAGGAGUGCGUUGUUUUGUGGUGUAGCUAGUAGUGCAGUAGACUCAGCUUAUGGGGCAUCUCAAGAAGCUCUGGUGGAGGCAUCUAUAAAAGCUAGGAACGCUGGCUUUCAUCAAGUACUAAUCCUAAGCAAUAGCAGAAGAUUGGUCCAAACUGUCAACAAAGAAAGGAACCCAAACUGGCAGGAGAGGACGAUGAUGGAUGAUCUAUCUUCCCUUCAUCAAAAUGGCUUCGUUUUGAAGAUGCUUUUUGUUCCCAAAGUUGUUAUAAACUGUGUCUGUUAUGUAGCUAAUAUAUCAACUCAAUGCCAUUUCACCCAUGCUGGUCUAGACCAACUAUUUGUAACAAACUCCCUGUUUUCUCCCUUUGAAUGGUAUAAAAAUAAAUAAAAAUAAAAAAUAAAAAAGUCAAAAAGAAGAAAAACAAUUUUAUUUUUGGGGUAAAUAUAGUGAUUGUUUUUCGCAUUUUGGAUCAAUACAAAGCUAAAUUUCUACAGGAAGAGAGCUUUUGCACUAUAUAGGUGCUCAUAUUAUGUGAGGUUGUGUGUGAAUGCCAUAGAGGAGAAAUAAGUUUAAGAGGUGAGAGAGAUAAGGAAGAGAAAUGGUUCGGAAAUUUACAAACACAAAAUAAUAAUUGGUGAAUUUAUAAUU